CGAAAUGUGAAAAAGCACUUUACUCCUUUUGAACUUCUCCGUUUUUCUGUCCUUCGUUUAACGUCAGCUUAAUGUUUUAAAAACGACUACUUAAAUGAAACCGUGUGCCUUAAAAAUAUCAACCCUCUGGACGCACUUUGAAGUUGUUAUUUGGCGUUAAGUGACAUUUUUGAGUGAAAAUGCGAAGUGGUUCGCUGUCAAGCGUCAACGUAGUGCUUGUUAUGGCCUACGGAAGUCUGGUGUUUGUUUUGCUGUUCAUCUUUAUGAAAAGACAAAUUAUGCGAUUUGCCAUGAAAUCUCGGAGAGGACCACAUGUUCCCCUUGGCCACAAUGCUCCUAAGGAGCUGAGACAAGAAAUUGAAGCCAAACUGUGCCAGGUUCAGAAAAUCCACUUUGAGCCUCGUCUGCUGUCUCCAGAUGAUGACCGGCUAAAUCAGAGAGAACAGUCUGGUUCCUGUGACUACCUGUACAGGAUGAGAGCACUGGAUGCCGUCAGAGAGACUGAUCUCCCUUUCCGUCAACUGGGAGGAUCAUCCACCGCUGUGACAGGGAAAAGAUUUCGGACGUGGCUUCUACAGCUGCGAAAUUCUAACUGCCUGUUCAGAGAUAGUCAAAUCUCUCUCAUUGACACCGUGCUGGAUGGGUACAAUAAAGCACGUCAUGGUGCAGAGGCCUUUGGUGAAGCAGAAUUUCUAAAAUACCAGGAAGCUCUAACUGAACUGGCCUCUGUUGUGAAGUCUCAAAGUAGCAGCAGCACUCCGAACCAGUACCACCAGUCUGCAGCAAAAGACUUGACCACAACCACAGAGCCUGCAAGCUCCUCCUCAUCCCCCACCCAAACCACCUACCUCACAUCAUCUGUAGCACAGCAGCGCAGCAAGCGGCCGAGAAACUUUCUGGAGCUUAAGAACUUCAAAGACAACUACAACACUCUGGACAGUACGCUCUGAAAAUAUGUAACGUCUGCGUAAGGGAAAGGUCAAGGAGAAGGUCGCAGUGCCAGUGAUUAAAGUGCCUAUGAGUGGUGACUGCCAGAUAGUUACAGAGUGAACACUGCCUUUAUACUCUCAACAUAUUGCCUGGUUACAGUAUAUUGCAUAUCAGAUUACUGAUACAGUGCUCUUAAUUUAAGUGUAGCAUAUCCUUAUAUCCUGUAUUAUUGCAAACAUGAGUGCUAUAUUUGAGUAAACUAUAAUAAGGGACUAGAGUAAGUAGGGUUGAUUUGACCAAAAUAAAACAACAGCUAUGGGGCUAUGCAAUGGCAUAAGACAAUCAGUAUUUAUUGCACAAUGUGAAAACCUAUGCAGACUUGUUCAAAUUAACCAACUGUAUGUAAACUUGCUAAUAGUUACCAGUGUUAAUUGUUAUUUCACUUU